AUGAAGACCUCGAGUCUGCUGGCUGUUCUCGGCCUGGCGAGCCAGGCUUUCGCCGAUCCGACAUGGCCCUCGAGCAUCGACGAGCUGGAGGAGAUUAUGUUCCAGACCAAAUCCUUCCGCUCCAGAAAGUUCGCAGACACCGUCGACCCCUGUAGCAACGAAGCCUCGGGACCCGGACGACAGAAUGCGGCCGAAUGGCUGCGCACCGCCUUCCACGACAUGUCGACGGCCAACAGCUUUCUCAAGAGGGGCGGUCUGGAUGGCUCGCUGCAGUAUGAGUUGAACACGGGUGAGAACAAGGGCCCCGGUCUCAAGACGACCAUGGAGUUCAUGGCGCCUUUCAUCUCAAGUAAGAGCAGUUUGUCCGACCUCGUGGCCAUGGGCGUGUACACGUCAGUGCGCGCGUGCGGAGGCCCUGCUGUGCCCAUUCGUGCUGGUAGGAAGGACGCCACCAGCCGAGGAUCCAUCGGGGUUCCCCAGCCGCAGAACUCGGUGCAGUCAUUCAGAGAUCAAUUUACGCGCAUGGGCUUUACAAACGAGGAGAUGAUUCAAGUCACCGCCUGUGGCCACACUCUCGGCGGUGUGCACUCGGAGCAAUUUCCCGAGAUUGUCACUCCUGGAACUGGCGUCGACGGCCAGAUCUCGUUGGACGGCACCGUUGCGGUGUUUGACAACCGCGUGGUGACAGAGUACCUCGACGGAACGACGAAGAAUCCUCUAGUCGUCGGGCCGAGUGUUCAGGUUGAUCGUCACGCAGACUUCAAGGUGUACAACUCGGACGGCAAUGUGACGGUGGAAGCAUUGACGGACAAUGAUACGUUCAAAGAAGUGUGCAAGACGGUCUUGCAGAAGAUGAUCGACGUCGUUCCGGCGGGUGUCACACUGAGCGACCCUAUCAAGCCGUACGAGGUGAAGCCUGUAGCGCUGCAGCUGACGCUCGUGGAGGGUGGUCGCGCCUUGUCGUUUACUGGCUACAUCCGUGUCAGGACUACCGAGAUUGGAGCUGAUGCCAUCGAGAACGUGGUCAUCACUUACAAGAACCGCGAAGGAGAGUCGCAAUGCGGCACCAACGGAUGCACAAUCACCACCACUGUGCAGGGCGUCAGCCAGGGCUUCGACGAUACCUUUGCCUUCUUCCCCAUUGAGGCGGAGAUCUCAGCUUCGACAGGUGUUUCCUCUUUUGUCAUCACGGUCAACUACGCAGAUGGCACCAGUGAGGAGUUUGACAACAACGGCAAUACCUACCCUCUGCAAGAUGCUGUGCUGCUACAGAUGCCGCAGAGCUGUGUCUUGGGCUCCUCUGGGGCCCUCACCGUCACAGCCGCUGUUCGCAAUGAUCGCGUCUCAGAGGGCGCCUCCAUUGACGUCUCUUACAAGACCCCACAGACAAACAGCCCCGUGCCCAGGCUGAUGAGUGCUUCUGUGGCCCUGACCGAGGGCGACUGCGCGGGCGAGUACACGUUGUUCACUGCUGACUGGGCCAUCCCCGGAGGCAGUGCUUACGAAGCCCACAUCGACGUGAAGAAUGGCGACUACGUUGAUGCCUUCAAGACCGCCGUCGACGUUGGCGGUACCUGCCGCCAGUUCGAGAACCCUGCCUCGUGCGGCGACAGCGGCGGCCCAAGCAGCUCGACGUCUGCGACUGUCAGCGAGACCCCCAGUGAAUCGCCCAGCGCUGAGCCAACCACAUCUUCCACCGCUGCCAGCACAACUACCGUCGCCAGAACAACUACCACAUCCAGCGAGGAGGCGACGCCAACCGUACAACACCGUGAAGCUGUGGGCGGCUACCGCCUGGUUUCCUGCUGGCAAGACUAUGAGAACGGCAUCCGUGCCCUGAGCGGCCCUAUGAACGUCCAGGACGACAUGACUCUCGAUUCGUGCAUGUCCUUCUGCGAUGGCUACGACUACUUCGGCACCGAAUACAGCGUGGAGUGUUUCUGCGGCAACUCUCUCCAUGACUCGUCCAAGGAGGCGCCCAUGGAUGACUGCGACAUGCCCUGCGGUGGCGACGAGACGGAGUACUGCGGUUCAGGCAACCGUCUGGAGCUGUACUCUACCACCGCGACAAGAACGACCGCAACGCCGACGGCCACGCCGAGCCACGUCGAGACAGUGGGCGACUAUGCGCUUGUCGGCUGCUGGACCGAGCUGCAUGGCGGGAGGGCCCUGAGCCAGGCUUCCACCGCGAGCUCGGACAUGACCAACCAGCAGUGCGCCGAGUACUGCGGUCAAUACCGCUACUUUGGCACCGAGUACGGCCUCGAGUGCUACUGCGGCAGCCACGUGGCUACGGACACAGAGUCGGCACCGCUCGAGGACUGCGACAAACUCUGCGGCGGCGACGACUACGCCUUCUGCGGCGGCCCCUCGCGGCUGUCCCUGUACAUGAACCCCGACAUCCAAGGCGGCGAGCCCGAGCAGCCCCUGACCGUAGGCAACUACACGUUCGAAGGGUGUUACACCGAUUCGUCCGCCUCGCGCGCACUGGACGAAAAGCGCACAGCGGGUAGCGAGAUGACGAAUGAGGUCUGCGCGGCGUUUUGCGAGGGCUUUGCGUACUUUGGCACCGAGUAUGGCCAGGAGUGCUACUGCGGCAACGAGAUCAAGGAGGAUGCGCAGGAGAAGGAUAGUGACGAGUGUAUCAUGGUCUGCAAGGGCAAUGUGUUCGAGCUAUGCGGCGAUGGGAACCGCCUUUCGGUGUAUAAGAGGAAGGAGGAGGAAAUUCUGAGUAGCAGCGAUGCAUAA